AUCCUCUCUCUUACAGACAGUCUUAAGCUUCAUUACAUUUCCAACGCAUUUCCAACGCAAAAGAGAGGGGCCAGAAGACACAAAGGAAACAACAUACAAGCUUGAACGGUCGCUGCUCCGCUAAUCUUUAUCACAUCUGCAGCCUUGGAACUCCAAAGCGCCAUCCUUGCGAAGCUUUGAAGAUCUCACUUGCCACCUGCUCGAUGAGUCUUGCCCCCAACGUCAGCAUUCUUUUCCCUGGGUCCUUUCUCUGAAAUAGCCCAGUCAGUGAUCCAGCAGCACAUUCUUUUAACGAUCCCAAUUGGGUCAUUUAUUUUUUUCCUGUCAAACACAUUAUCAUUUCUACAAUUCCAGAUCGCCCAAAAGAGGGCAGAAGUACCAGUGAGCACCAGUUUCUUGCUCUCCUUGUUAAAGAGGCUUAACCAAUAUGGACCAUCAUAUGUAUCUGAAGCGUUGAUUUCGCCUCAUACUCUGCACUAGGAAUAUUGUUCUGAUGGUCAUCGAAACCAAUUCUAUGAAUGGAGGGCUGAAGUCCACAUUGAUUGUUUCUGCAGACUAGCUUCCACAAAUGAUGUUGGUUAAAUUCCUGGUGCUUUUGUUGACAUUGCUCUUGCAGCCAAUAUUACUAUUGGACCGUGGUUGCUAUGUGUCUGAAUCAUGGAACUUGAGAUUUUGGUUCUUCAAUAUCGACAUGUAGUUCCUUCUUUUUUGCAUGUCUGAGAACCUGUGGAUUUUGUAAAACAUAUCAAGAUGAGAACUGAGUGAUAUUUUGCAUAUCUGUGGUAGAUGACUUGUCGUCUGCACAAUACAUAAUGUUCCUGUUGAGACAUCUCCCAUGUUUCGAACCUCAGGGAAUUGUUUGGUGUACUAAUUUGAUGUCAUAUCAUGCCCUUGAACCUGCAUUGAAUGUAUCUAUUGCCAGCAUAUGUGUUGGGUGAAAUUGCUCAGGUCUUGUUGUAGAUGUUGUUGUAUCCAGAUGGUCCCCGGACAGUACAGAGUCGACCUGGAGAACUGUUAUGAUAAUGGCAAAGAAGAGCGGCUCUCAAUGAGGAGUUGAGCACCAACUUUUUAAAAUGGAGAAGCAAACCAAGUGUUGAUGACAUGAUAAAGGAAAUUUAUCAACCCUGAGAUCAAAUGGAUUCUCACCAAGUGUUUGAGAAUACUCAUGAAAAAGUGUGCUUCUAAUUUUUCCUUACUUUUUCUCCUUCCUAAUUUGUAUUCCCUCCGUCCCUAAAUUUAAGUCUUUUUAGCUAGAGACUUCAAUAUAGACUACAUACGGAUUGAAAUGAGUGAAUCUACACUCUAAAUUAUGUCUAUGUUCAUCCAUAUGUAGUUCAUAUAUAAAUACUAUAUAAAUAGACUUAUACUCCCUCCGUUCCAAAUUACUUGACCCAUUUUUAUUUAGAUACGGAUGUGUCUAGACACUAAACAAAUAUAGAUACAUCCGUAUUUAGACAAAUUCAAGACAACUAAUUUGGAACGCAGGGAGUAUUUAGGAAACAGAAAGUACAAUAUCUGUACCACAUAUAGCAGGGGACUUAUUCUUUUCAAGUGGAUCAUGGUUUUGUACGUAUAAUUUUAAAAGCUGCGAAAAUUUGAUUUUGUUUAUAAGCUACGUAUACACUACGGGCCCUACCUCGUCGCCGUCUUCGGUCCCCCAAAUCCCAGAGACAAGCCAUGGCGGAACAGGAGGAGGAGGUGGAAGGCGCCGCCCCGUAGCCGUCGUCCACGUUUUCUCUCGGCUUCUCCAGCAACCAAGGGCGGAAUCUUCCUCCACCACCGGAGUCCAGGCCGCAUCGGAGGAGGAGAAGGCCAUGGCGACCCCGCCCCCGUUCCUCCCUCCUUCUCCCCACCAACAGUCGUGCGGCUGCCGGAGCGUGCCGUGGAGCAACCAAGGGCGGGCGGGCGCGCCGUGGAGGAGCUCCCGGCGGCGGUUCGGGUAAGACCAAAUCACGCUCAAACUUUUUUAUCCCCGUACCGCUCGGUUCAGAAAGCUCAGUUGUAAGAUCACUGUGUGUAUAUCCUGUAACUGUAAGAUGCCAUGCCGUUUGAGUCAGAAGUCACAAAUUCCAACAAACCACGCUGUCUCGUUUUCAAUGGGAAAUGAAACAGGGCCGUUGGCCUGUAGAUCUCUUAAUUUAUAGGUCAUUCUUCCAGGAUGUGAAACAAAUCAAAGCCACUGACAAUGAAAUUAGAUACAAUGGGUCAUGUUAUUCCAGAACUACAUGUAAAAUCCACGAUCUUAUGCAUGAUGUUGCACUUUCUGUAAUGCGGAAAGAAUGUGCCUUGGCAAUUGACGAACCAGGCAAGAUUGAAUCUGUUGUCGCAACUGAGGAAACAAGUCAGAGUGAUUGGCUUUCAAACACUGCUCGUCAUUUAUUUUUGUCAUGCAAGGACCCUGAAGGAAAAUUGGAUAGUUCUCUAGAGAACAACUCUCCAGCUAUCCAAACUCUUCUGUGUGAUGAUGGUAUGGAUAUUCCAUUGAAACAUAUAUCAAAAUUUAGCUCUUUGCAAGCACUACAACUACGUUUCAGUUCACUUCCUCUGAAACCAAGGCAUCUACAUCACUUGAGGUACCUAGAUCUUUCAGGAAGUCGGAUCAGAGCACUUCCUGGAGAUAUUAGCAUUCUUUACAACCUGCAAACGCUUAACCUCUCUGGCUGUAUACGCCUUGAAACACUUCCGAGACAAAUGAAGUAUAUGACUGCCCUCCGUCACCUUUACACUCAUGGUUGUUCAAAGCCGGAGAGCAUGCCUAGAGACCUCGGAAAACUCACAUCCCUUCAGACACUUACAUGUUUUGUAGCAGGUAGUGGCUCUAAUUGCAGUAACGUUGCAGAGAUCAAGAAUUUAAAACUUGGCGGUCAACUAGAGCUAAAUCAUCUAGAGAACAUGACAGAAAAAGAUGCAGAAAUAGCAAACCUCAUGAAGAAGGAACUAAGAGAGCUGACAUUAAAAUGGACCUUUGGAGCGGAUAACGUUGUUGAGGAAACAAGUCACGAGGGUGCUGCAGGAGUGCUUGAGAAACUCAAACCUCGUGAUGGGCUGCAGGCUAUAAGGAUACACUUCUAUACAGCCAUCACCUCCCCGACAUGGAUGGCAAUGUUGCAAAAUAUUGUUGAGAUCCAUCUUGUCAAAUGUGAAAAACUGCAAUGGUUGUUCAACGGUGACAUUGAUACAUCCUACACAUUUCCAAAUCUCAAGAACCUUAUGCUAGAAGAUCUUUUCUGUUUGGAGAGAUGGUGGGAAAUAGAUAAUGGGAUGGAUAGAGAAGAGAUAAUGUUUCCUCGGCUUGAGAAAAUGUAUAUUACUUGCUGUCGGAAGUUGACAGCAUUGCCAGGACAUCCAACCUUCCCUAAGCUCCGGGACGUUCGCAUUAAGAAAUGUCCAGAGUUGACAACUAAAGCUAAAUCACCAAAGCUCAGUGUGUUGAACAUGGAAGGACACGAGGUAGAGUUGUUCUUGUGGGUAGCGAGACAUAUGACUUCAUUGACGAAUCUGGAACUGACUAGCAUUGAACAUAGUACAGAUACAACCUCGGUGGGGGCUGAGAAUAGUUUCAGGGAAUUGGUGAACGUCAAGGAGAAUGGGAAUGAUCAAGGGACUUUCUGUAGGAGUUUUGGUGUUAAGAAGCUUUAAGUCAGGUGUAAGUGUAACAGCGAUGUGUGCAUGCUUUGUACACCUUCAAGACUUGUCAAUUUUUGGUUGCCAUGCGCUCGUCCAUUGGCCACAAAAAUUGUUUGAAGGAUUGGUAUUCU